AUGUCUUCAAAGCCGUCAUUCACUAAUGAAUAUGCCCUCGGUGAAGCUACGCGCCCACACGAUAAGCCUCGUGUCCUUGUCACAGGCGGUUCAGGCAAGCUCGGCCGUGCAACCGUAGCGCACCUCUCAGAGACCUACGAGGUCAUCUCUGUGGAUACUCGUCGCCCACCAGGUAUUAGUGAGGAUGGCAAGUCCGGUCUCGGUGGUGCAUAUCGACUCGUCGAGAUCGAUCUCGAGGAUAUGGGAGCUGUUCUAGAGGCCUUCCACAGCUGUGACAUGGGUUACAGAGGCUUGGAUGCGGUCGUGCAUCUUGCUGCGAUCCCGAGUCCAGGGCAGACAAACUCAAGUCGACAGUUUCGAGUCAACACUAUGAGCACGUAUAAUGUGCUUGAGGCGUGUCGAAAGCUAGGGAUCAAGAACAUCGUGCUGGCGAGCAGUGAGACGUUGAUUGGAAUUCCGUAUGAUCCGCACAUGCCGGAUUAUCUGCCGAUUGAUGAGAGUAUUCCAAGACAUCCUGAAAGUGCGUAUAGUUUGAGCAAAUUGGUGGGUGAAGUGGUUGCAGAAGAGUACUGUAGAUGGGAUCCGAGUACGAAGAUUGUGAGCUUGAGAUUCAGUAACGUUAUGCUGCCGGCUGAGUAUGGUAACUUCGAGAGCUGGCAGGAUGAUCCUAAGGCGAGAUAUUGGAAUUGCUGGGGCUAUAUUGAUGCGCGUGAUGGCGCUCAAUCAGUUGGGUUGGCUUUGAAAAAGGACUAUACUGGCCAUCAUCAGUAUCUCAUAGCUGCUGCUGACACGUGUAUGCGCACUUCGAACGACGAGCUCGUCAAGCAAUGCUUUCCAGGUGUGAAGUAUACUGCGACGAAGGGACAAAACGACACGUUGCUGUCCAUUGACAAGGCGCGUAAAGAGCUUGGUUUCGACCCCAAGCAUACCUGGCAGCAAGAAGCGAAGAAGCUGGGGGUGUGA